GGCACUGGCUGGCCCUGCACCUGCCGGACGCCAGAAAGUAGCGGCCCGCGGCACGCUCCAGCCUGAAGGGCCGGUGACCGCAGUGGGAGGCCUGGCCCGCGGACCCGGCUCCCAGCUCGGGCAGGUCCCAGCUGCAGGGCAGCCAUGAGCCUGGUGACCUGCGAGUGCUUGCCCAGCCCCGGCCUGGAGCCUGAGCCUUGCUCACGAGCACGGUCCCAGGCUCGCGUGUACCUGGAGCAGAUUCGCAACAGGGUGGCUCUGGGGGCACCUGACAUGACAAAGCGUGACUAUCUGGUGGAUGCGGCCACGCAGAUCCGGCUGGCUCUGGAGCGAGACGUUAGUGAGGAUUAUGAGGCGGCCUUCAACCAUUAUCAGAAUGGUGUGGACGUGCUGCUCCGUGGCAUACACGUCGAUCCCAACAAGGAGCGACGUGAGGCUGUGAAGCUGAAAAUUACCAAGUACCUGCGGCGGGCGGAGGAGAUCUUCAACUGCCACCUGCAGUGGCCACUGGGGAGCGGAGCCAGUCCCAGCAUGGGUUUCAGCAGCCUGAGGCUCCGGCCCAUCCGCACGCUGAGCUCUGGCUUGGAGCAGCUGAGGGGCUGCAGGGUGGUCGGGGUCAUCGAGAAGGUGCAGCUGGUCCAGGACCCGGCAACCGGAGGGACCUUCGUGGUCAAGAGCCUACCCAGGUGCCACAUGGUAAGCCGGGAGCGACUGACCAUCAUCCCACAUGGAGUCCCCUACAUGACGAAGUUGCUCAGGUACUUUGUGAGCGAGGACUCCAUCUUCCUGCACCUGGAGCAUGUGCAAGGAGGCACUCUCUGGUCCCACCUGCUCUCCCAGGCGCACCCGCGACAUUCUGGGCUCAGGUCUGACUCUACCCAGGAGAAGAUGAAGGCUCAGCUCAACCCACACCUCAACCUCCUAUGCCCAGCAAGGCUCCCCUCAGGCCAUGCCCCUGGGCAGGACAGAAUCACACUGGAGCCUCCUAGGACUUCUCUGAGCCUUCCCCCAGCCGGGGAGGCCCUAUCCACCAGACCCCAGAGGGAGACUGAAGGUGAACCCACAGACAGGACCAGCACCUCUGGUUCCCUGGACCUUCCAAAGGCCCCAAGUGACCACCUGUACCUUCAAGCAAGACGGGCUGGCCAGAACUCAGACACUGGGACCUCUCAGGGACUCACUUGGGUUCCUGAGGGGGCUGGCCCAGUGCUGGGCAAGAAUCAGAGUUGCCUGUCAGUGGAUGGGGCUGGCCCGGGCUGUGGCAGUGCCACCUGGAGAGUGAGGGAGGAACAGGUGAAGCAGUGGGCUGCGGAGACGCUGGUAGCACUGGAGGCGCUGCAUGAGCAGGGGGUGCUGUGUCGGGACCUCCACCCCGAGAACCUGCUCCUGGACCAGGCAGGUAGGUGCCCUUCCCACCCCUCAGGGGAACAACCCCCCAAGCCUCCAGGCAGAGGAGAGAUCCCCACAGUCGAGGAGACCUCCAAGAUUGUCUGUCUGCUCCUCCCCAGCCCCACCCAGCAUUUCAGUGGGCCUAUGCCCGAGUCUGUAGGCAAGGCUCCUGGGAGUACCCUGUGUUCUGGGGGCCUCAGGGUGCUGUGCCCCUGUGGAGGUUCUGCCCGGCAUGGCCAUCGGCUCCCACUGCAUGACUGUGAGGGGAAGCUCUGGAAUCCUUCCCCUUGUCAGCUGUCCUCAAUCUUUGUCCCUCCUUUUUCCUCCUACGCACACUGGAGAAGGUCACAUCCGGCUCACAUAUUUUGGCCAGUGGUCAGAGGUGGAGCCCCAGUGCUGCGGGGAGGCCCUGGACAAUCUCUACAGCGCCCCAGAGGUGGGUGGGAUUUCAGAGCUGACAGAAGCCUGUGACUGGUGGAGCUUUGGGUCUCUACUGUAUGAGCUGCUGACAGGAAUGGCACUGUCCCAGAGCCACCCUUCAGGAAUCCAGGCCCACACCCAGCUCCAGCUGCCCGACUGGCUGAGUCGCCCAGCGGCCUCUCUGCUGACUGAGGUGAGGUGUAGCCCAGCCAGAGGAAGCAGCGGCCUGGCCUAAGGAAGGUGCUGGGAGGGGUGCAGAACCGUGUGUGUGAACCAUGUGUGCUUCAUACUCAGUGUCUGAUGUGGGUGCAGAGGGCCAUAGGGUAAACACAGUUCUGUAAGUUGAUGGCCAACCACCACCACUGUCCCCAGGGUAAAAAGGGGGUUCCGUGGGCUAGGGUGCCAGGGAGCAAGCCCCCUAAAGAGCCAUAGUGGUCAAAGUCCCUGGAGGUCAGCCCAUGCCUCUGCAGCGGGAGUGGGGAAAGCCAGCUGACUGGGCCUCUUUCUACAGCUGCUGCAGUUCGAGCCUACCCGGCGCCUGGGCGUGGGAGAAGGUGGUGUCAGCAAACUCAAGUCCCAUCCCUUUUUCAGUACCAUCCAGUGGAGCAAACUGGUGGGGUAAGAGGGCAGAGCGGGCAAUGCAAGCAGCUGGCCUGGAUCUCCUCUCCUCCUUGCCCGACAUCCAGGGCUGGCCUUCCAUCAACAGGCUUUGGGCGAGGAAUGGAGGACACUGCCUGUCCUGCUGGGCUCCUGCCAGGGCCUCAGAAUUAUGGCCAUAUGGCCGUCUUCCAGUAAGGGCCAGCUCCUGGAAAAGUAGGGGGUGGGGGCAGUCAAGGCUCACCCUGCUAAACAGCUUGAACCUUCCACCCGCCAGUCAACAGACCUGUUGAGCAUGCAGACUCACCAUGUUCCAGGGUGCCUUCUGUGGCACUGGCGCUGAGCUGACCACCUGCUGCGUCUACAGUGAGGUUCUGUGACCCACUCACUGCCAUGUUGUGCCCUACUCGGGACAUCUCUGGAGACUCAUCUCAGGACACUGAUCCACUGGCUCAGUGGACCCAAACCAGGCUGUCCUGGCUGGUCAUUUUAUUCACACGAGUGGGGCUUUUCCACUAGAAGCUGUUCCUGCAGCUGGGGAGGCCCAGAAGCAGGGAUGCCACCUGUAGUGCAGGGAGGGAUGAGGUGGGGGACAGGAUUCCCCCAUUCCUGAACAUGCCCCCUAUAUUGUGAUUUCAGACUUGUGAGAGCAAAAGGGAGGGGAAGAAAAUAAGAGAAAUGGGGGAAGAAGGAAUGCACAGCUCUGCUCCUUAGAGCAAGUCAGACAUCAGAAUCAAGAGCUCUCUUCCCCAGGGGCCCACCUCUGUGUGGGGAGGGGGCAGCAUGCCCCAGGGGCACAAAAGGACAGCAAUUCAGCCUCCAGGCCAAAGCAGCUAAAGGUUUGCCCAUUAAGACUCCCUCUCAGGCCUUGGUUCUGUUACCAUGUCACUGCCUACUGUGACUUCACACCCUUUGAGAUAAGAAACCCCAAAACACAUAACGACUAUACAUGGCUCAGCCAGAAGUCUUGCUUCUGGUCUCUGAAAAACUGGGGUGAGUGGUUACUAUAAGAUAACUGCCCCCAGUUUGGGGUUUCACUUCGGGGUUCACCCUGUCACUGGGGUAUGGGACCUUAGAAACUAGACUUUUGCUCCCAACUCCUCCCUGCCAGCAUCCCAGUCACCACCAGGUGGCGCUUCGGACACGGUUCUCCCGUCUGGCUCUGAAGGCCCAACUCUUGUCAGGCCAGACUCCUGUCAUGGCCUGACUUCCUCCGGCUCUGCAGGAGACUGCAACAGAGGACAUGCAAAAGUGCAACCUGUAUAUAACUCUGUGCUCUACAUCCUGGCUCUCCCUGGGGCUUACCCAGCCCCAAUAAAGCCUGCAUCGGCCUA